GAAGUGGUCGCUCCUGUCGGCGCUGCGCGAGGAGGAUGUGAACCGAGACGGAGGCUGAUGGAAAUAACACCGAUAAAUGCGCGACACUGGAACCAUCUGGAGAGGCUUUGUCGUGGACAAGCUUUGGUUUUUGAUGGGUCAAAAGUUCCUUCUUUAUAAGGGGGGAAGAAAAGAAAAAAAACAGAGAAAAUAGGGGGAUUAGUUACUCGUUCAGAAGGGGAGACCACCAAAGCCUUUUACGCACAGAACAAGGUGCUGGAGAUUUAAAAAAGAAGACUGAGGGCAACUUCUGCUUCGAUUAUCUACUCUGAACGGACUUUUGAAAUACUGUCUUGUUUUUCUUUGGCCUGUCACAGGUUUUCGAGGAUGUUUCCUGCCGGGACCCCGCAAACCGACCACUGACUGACCUUUUUACGCACGAGGAAAAAAAGCCAGUUGUCACGCAUUUUUUUUUUUUUCUUUUUCGCGUGGAUGAACUUUCCAUUGCCUUUUUAAUGAUUCGAGAUUUGAGCAAGAUGUACCCGCCGGCUCGGCAUCCGGUUCCCCACCAGCCGGGUCAGCCGUUCAAGUUCACUGUCACCGAAUCCUGCGACAGAAUCAAAGAGGAGUUCCAGUUCCUGCAAGCCCAGUACCACAGUCUGAAGAUGGAAUGUGAGAAACUGGCCAGUGAGAAAACGGAGAUGCAGAGACACUACGUCAUGUACUACGAGAUGUCAUAUGGGCUCAACAUCGAGAUGCACAAGCAGGCGGAGAUCGUCAAACGGCUGAACGCAAUCUGCGCCCAAGUCAUCCCCUUCCUCUCCCAAGAGCAUCAGCAGCAGGUGGUGCAGGCAGUGGAGAGAGCCAAGCAGGUCACCAUGGCUGAACUCAACGCCAUCAUAGGACAGCAGCAGCUCCAGGCCCAGCAUCUCUCCCACGGUCACGCCAUCCCGGUUCCUCUCACCCCCCAUCCCGCGGGCCUGCAGCCCCCCCUGCCCCCCGGGGCCAGUACUGCCAGCCUGCUGGCUCUGUCGUCGGCGCUGAGUCAUCAGCUGCCACUCAAAGAUGAGAGGAAACACCACGACAACAACAGCGAACACACAAGAGAUAGAGACUCAGUCAAGAGCCAAUCAGUGUCUCCAUCAGCCAGUUUCCGGACCGGAGAGAAGCAUCGGAGUUCAAGCGAUUAUUCUUCCGACAGCAAGAAACAAAAGACUGAUGAUAAAGAGCUCACCUCGACACGCUAUGAAAGUGAUGGAGAGAAAAGUGAUGACAACUUGGUCGUGGAUGUCUCCAAUGAGGACCCGGUGUCUCCACGGGGAAGUCCCGCCCACUCUCCUCGUGAGAACGGAUUGGACAAAAACCGCCAUUUGAAGAAGGAUGCGCCCAUGAGUCCUUCCUCAGUCGCCUCCUCCAGCAGCACACCCUCAUCCAAGUCCAAAGAGAUUAAUUUGAAUGAAAAGCCCACAACCCCCGUAUCCAAGUCCAGCACCCCCACAUCUCGUUCUGACGCCCCCACACCCAGCAGCACCUCCACACCGGGCUUGAGGUCUGCACCCAGUAAACCCACAGGAGUUGAGACACUUGCACCUGGUCUUCGCACGCCGCUUGCAGUGCCCUGCUCUUACCCCAGUCCGUUUGGGAUGGUUCCUCACCCGGGCAUGAACGGAGAGCUGAGUGCAGCAGGGGCGGCCUACACCGGCCUGCAUAACAUCUCCCCACAGAUGAGCGCGGUGGCGGCCGCAGCCGUGGCAGCUUACGGACGCACACAAGUGUUGGGUUUUGAUCCUCACCAUCACGUCCGUGUUCCUGGACUUCCUCCAAACCUGUCUGGAAUCCCUGGUGGAAAGCCAGCUUACUCCUUUCACGUGAGCGCCGACGGUCAAAUGCAGCCUGUGCCUUUUCCUCCCGACGCACUCAUCGGCCCUAGUAUCCCGCGGCACGCGCGCCAGAUCAAUACCCUGACCCACGGAGAGGUGGUGUGCGCUGUUACCAUCAGUAACCCGACACGUCACGUCUACACCGGCGGCAAGGGCUGCGUGAAGGUGUGGGACAUCAGUCACCCCGGCAACAAGACGCCGGUGUCUCAGCUGGACUGCCUUAACAGAGAUAACUACAUCCGUUCCUGCCGGCUUCUUCCGGAUGGACGGACUCUCAUCGUGGGGGGCGAGGCGAGCACCUUGUCCAUCUGGGAUCUGGCUACCCCGACCCCUCGGAUCAAAGCAGAACUCACUUCAUCAGCGCCGGCUUGCUACGCCCUGGCCAUCAGCCCCGACUCCAAAGUCUGCUUCUCCUGCUGCUCGGAUGGAAACAUCGCCGUCUGGGAUCUCCACAACCAGACUCUGGUUAGGCAGUUCCAGGGCCACACCGAUGGAGCCAGCUGCAUAGACAUCUCUAACGACGGCACCAAGCUCUGGACCGGAGGGCUGGACAACACGGUCCGGUCCUGGGACCUGAGGGAGGGACGGCAGCUGCAACAGCACGAUUUCACCUCCCAGAUCUUCUCGCUGGGAUAUUGUCCGACGGGGGAGUGGCUGGCAGUGGGGAUGGAGAACAGCAACGUGGAGGUCCUGCAUGUCACCAAACCUGACAAGUACCAGCUCCACCUGCAUGAAAGCUGCGUCCUGUCGCUCAGAUUCGCUCAUUGUGGGAAGUGGUUUGUCAGCACAGGAAAAGACAAUCUGCUCAAUGCGUGGAGAACCCCGUAUGGAGCCAGCAUAUUCCAGUCAAAAGAGACUUCCUCAGUGCUGAGCUGCGACAUCUCCAUUGAUGACAAGUACAUUGUGACGGGUUCAGGAGACAAAAAGGCAACAGUGUACGAGGUCAUCUACUAGGAGAGCCGAGGUCGUCCGCGCCUCCGGCCCCAAGUCCCCACCAUUUUUAAAUGUGUGUAAGAUUUGAAUUGGACGAAUCAAAACACUUUUUGGACUGCGAUCUUUUGACUACUUGGCUGGCUGUGGAUCAAAAAGAACUAAGUGGAACUAAGCACAGAGUUUUUUUUUUUUUCUUUCCUUUCUUUUUUUUGUACUCGAGUGGCUUUUUGUUGUUUUGAGGAUGAGUGAACGUCCACGUGCACUGAGUCUGGAGUCGCCGGAUCACAUUCCUUUAUGUACUGUCUGACACAGACCUCUGGUAUAUUUCUUUUUUUUUCCUCGACAUGUAGACAAGCAACUGUGACGCAAGUGUUAUUGUUAACCUAUACAGUAUUUACCUAUGUACUUUGUAUAUAUCCGGAGGCUUUAAAAUGUAGGUAAACUAAGUGACUCAUCUUGUACAACUUCAGAAAUUUCUCCUAUUGGUAAGUAAUAAUGAGGGUGUUAAUAUUCUUAUUUAACAUAACUAUUCAGAUUAUAGCAGAAAAAAAGCAACCAAUUUCUUCUCAUAACAUUUUUUUUUUCCAUUUUUGUCUGCUGCUGACCUGUCUUCAUGUUUUCACAUCCUCCUUUCUUUGCUUAAUUCCAUCUCACAGAGGUGCGGGGUUAAUUCCUGAGACAGACACUUUUGCCUUGAGGGAUACGCGAUAGACCAUAUGAGCAAUUACGUACGUGUAAAUGCCUCGUUGAAAAAUAAUGCUCCAAAUGCAAUUUAUUGAUUUUUACUUUGUUUAUUCCAUUUUGCCUUCAUGUGCAGUUUAUGCCCUUUUUCUUUUUUCUUUUUUUUAAAGCCUUCCAUACCUGGAAGACAUCAAAAACCACUUAAAUAAUAUUUGCAUGCCGAAUGGUGCUUUAUGGUGGGAGAAAGGUUUCUUAAUAUCUUAGAGUUCCUCCAGGAAACAGAAGCGUCAUGAUGAGAAAGUGUCAUCGGUGUUCACUGAACAGUUUGGAAUUAUAAGCUAUAAAAGCACAAUGUUUCCCCCACUUUUUCUUGCAGAGAGAGAAAUGACAACAAGUAGGGCUGGGCGAUAUGGACCAAAAUUCAUAUCUCAAUAUUUUCUAGCUGAAUGGUGAUACUCGAUAUAUAUCGAUAUUUUUUCUGUGCCAUAAUUGGGGUUUCCCCCAAAGCAUUAUAGCAUAGCAUCUCUGUUAGCUUCAUUUUUUUCUGAGGCAAACCCUUAAAAAAACAGUCAGUUUUAAUACAAAGCCUCGUGCCAAAUGUCACACAGGUACAUUUAUUAACAGAGGUCUGCACAAUAUCAAAAUGUAUAAAACAAAUGAAA